UGCGCUCCGCCAGUGCUCUCAAUCCGUCAAUAGUACUUACUGUGACUCUGAAUAGCCUGUUAAGUAGCGACUUAGCAAAAUGGGGCUUCCGCGUCAAAGACCAGAAGACGAGAUAUGAGUGGUUCAAGAUUGAACAAGAUCCAAAUUAUACUAAGUCUGAACUUCUGAGGAACUAUCCGAAGACUACAAUUGUCCCUGGCAACGAAGAUAAAGUUGAAGAGCUAAUUACUAAAUUCCUGGAGUAUCUCCGUACCCAUGCCGUGGAAAAGGUGAAAGAGUAUUUUGGAGGUGGCGAGGCACUCUUUCGAAGCACAAAUUGGGAGUAUAUCAUCACUGUCCCAGCAAUGUGGCCCGAACCGGCACAGAACAUCACGGAAAGGUGUGCCACAGCUGCUGGAAUGGCAGAUGAUGCGCCUUUAAAAAUCAUAACGGAACCCGAGGCCGCCGGAAUAUUCGCUCUUGACGCGAUGUGUCGCGAGUGGCUCGUGGAGAUUGGCGAUACUUUCGUCAUCUGUGACGCCGGUGGAGGAACUGUCGAUCUUAUCUCAUAUACUAUCAGCCAGCUUAAACCGAGUCCAGUUCUUGACGAGGCUGCCCCUGGCGUUGGCAAGCUUUACGGCUCUUCGUUCCUGGAUCGCAAUUUCAAUGAUUGGCUGUUAAACAAAUUUGCCGGCUACCAUCGGUGGACUGAUGAUUACCAUGAAAGCGCGAUGCUUCAUUGGGAAUCGGAAAUCAAGAGAGAAUUUAGUGGCGACCCAGGAGACACCUAUACUUUUCGUGUCAUGGGCCUUCCUGAUGAUCCCGCUCGAUCAAUUCGGAGCGGCGUGCUUGAGAUGACGUUGGCCGAAGUAAAGAGUAUUUUUGAUCCAAUUAUAGAUAAAAUUGUGGGGCUUGUAAAAGAUCAGAUCACCCAGGCAAAAAUCAAGUCGAGCAGAGAUGUCAAGACAGUACUCCUUGCUGGCGGUUUCGGAAGCAAUGCAUACUUGAAGGCAAGGAUUAAAAAUGCAGUUGGGCACGGCAUUGAGGUGAAAAAGAUGCCAAACAGUACUACGGCAAUAGUUCGAGGUGCGCUCAUCCGAGGUCUCGCGGAUGUACCGCAAAUGGCAGCCAAUGUACCAAGGCCCACGAUUGUCAGGGCGCGGUUUGCGACAAGCCACAUUGGUACCAUCGCUCUAGAAAGAUACAAUCCAAUGGAACACGGAAUCGGACGCAAAACAGUAUCUGGCGGCCUCCAUGGCGGCAAGCGAAUCGAGGUUAUGCGGUGGCUUCUACACAAGAACGCAGUCAUAGAGGACGACAAAGGAUUCGACUUUCCUUUUGUCUUUGACCAGGCCGUCAGUGAUGUCGAGCAAAAAGGUGGUAAAAUUGACCAGCUGAACCUGCAAAUUUACUACUGCCAAGACGAUGAGCGACCGAAGUUCCCGGAUGUUGGCGGAACAUGCAAGCCUCUGGUGACGCUACCGGCUGAUUUCAACCAGAUUCCUAAAAGAUUUCUGAUUAAGCAACCGGCGGCUGAUGGUCAGCUGUGGUACAAGAUACCGUUCAUGAUUGUGCGAACUUGUCGUUUGGCAAACGUUCAUUUCGACUUGGUUCAUUUGCAGGAGAACGAAGAUGGGACCAUAAUCAGAAAGACGUAUGGAAGCGUCAAGGCAGACCCGCUCAGCAGAAUGACGACCUAGCAGUAUGCAUGGUAGAGAAACAACAAAGAAAUUACCACGAUAGAGCCUGUAAC